AUGAUUCUAGUGAACCUUUGGGCCAUUGGAAGGGGCGUCAAUUACUGGGAAGAUCCAUUAGAGUUCAAACCAGAAAGAUUUCUCAACUCAAGCUUGAAUUUCAAAGGGAAUGACUUCGAAUUCAUACCUUUUGGUUCAGGGAGGAGAAUUUGCCCUGGCUUAACAAUGGCUUCCAUGCAUGUUUCAUUGAUUGUUGCCUCCCUUGUUCAUUUCUUUGAUUGGUCUCUUCCACAUGGAAAGGAUCCAAAGGACUUGGAUAUGACAGAGAAAUUUAGUGAAUACAGAAGCUACAGAGACCACCAAGCAUACUUGAAGAACAGAGGAAAGCAAGAGAUUGUUUUGAAAAUCAGAUUUUUAAGUUCAGGACCUCAUAUCAGAAUGGUAAAAUGA